GACCCGGAAAACACGAGGAGCGUGUUUGUAUCGCCACAGCACGACCUUUAGCGGUUCAGUUACCAAUAAUGUUGUCAUCGUCCUUUCUGACGGAAGUGUCACACACCCCAAAUAUAGAAAGAGAUCAUGUACAACCGGGCACGUUACCUCAUCUUUUUCCAAUACAUAGGAACUAAAUACAGUGGUGCAGCCAAAGUACCUCCGCUUCAAACUUGGGUAAAAGGGGUCCAAGACCACAUAGAGGAUGCUCUACAGAGGCUGAGACCACUCAACCCGGUGUCCCUGUACAUCUCCAGCAGGACAGAUUCGGGCGUCCACGCCCUCUCUAACUCUGCCCACUUUGAUUUUCAACGCAAAAACGAUAAACCGCCAUUUACUGAAGACAUCCUUGUCGAGGCUCUCAAUUUCCACCUCCGCACGGAACAAAUAAGCGUCACCCGUGCCCAUCGAGUGCCAGAUGAUUUCAACGCCCGUUUCCGUGCACUCUCCCGAACUUAUGUCUACCGCAUUGCCCUAGGUUCUCAGGUUCCCCUUGUGGAGCGCGACAUGUGCUGGAAUCUCCGCCACACGGAGCUUGACGUCGGAGCCAUGAGCGAGGCGGCCGCCGUGUUUGUCGGGACUCACGACUUCAGCAGCUUCAGGGCGAUGAACUCUGAUGCAGCUUUUAAAAAUCCGGUAAAAACGCUGGAUGUCGUCAGGAUAGAACCCAGGAGAGGAUUCAUAUGCGAGCACUUCCACAGAGACGUUCCAUUGUGGGAGCUGACCUUUCAGAGCAAGUCUUUUCUAUACAAGCAGGUGCGCAGAAUGACAGGAGCCCUGGUGGCUGUGGGCCAGGGGAGGCUCACGCUUACCAAACUGAAAGAGAUUAUGGAGGCUCGCGACUCUUUGGCUUAUCCUUCGACCAUGACUGCUCCGCCUCAGGGCCUCUUCCUCACCAGGGUGAACUACAGCGAGUCAGAUCUUCUCCUGUCACCACAGACAUCAGCUUCCACACCUUCCACUGGAGUCUCGGAUGAGUAACUCACAACUCAUCUAUACAAGUGUAUAACGUAAUAUUGUUUACAUUUGAAACCUUUACUGCGUAAUACUGAAUGUUUUCUGACUCGCAUCAGUAAAAACGACAAUGGCAACAGAUGAACACUUACAUGUUCCUUUAAUUCAUACAUGACUUGUCCAUGAAUGCAGCCUAGGUACAAGUUGGCCAUACCUUGUUUUAAACAGGACAUGUUAAGCCUAACUCCUGUGUGUACAUCAGCACAGGAUUUGUCUCUCUCCUAAUAUCAAAACAAGGCUUACAACGUGGAGUGUAACACUAGUUAGCACAAACUGUGAGUGGUAUACCAUGUAGAAAGUGCACAGGCACACAUGCUCACUCGCUACAUAUACAUCCAAAUAAAACAGCAGACCACUUUUCUUUUUUUUUCACCUAAAAAGGUUUUCACAGAUAAUACAUGUCACUCUCGCUAGCCUCCAAUUGCAAUUGCAAUUGCUGCAUCUACUUCCCCUGCGCUGUCGGGAAACAGUCCAUAGAAUAAGAGCGUACCACCAACGGCAGUCUUGUCAGUGCCGAUGGGGGUCAGAUGAGGUUUGUUGAAGGUUCACACUGGCCGACAACUUUUCUUUAAGUUGCAGGAGAACAAAUUGAAACAGUCAACCACGUAUGCGCAAUCAAUGUUUUGUUUAGUUUAGAAUUGCUGUCCAUCAAAGUUGAACCUCAUGAGGAAUGUUUUUUUUUUCCCGCACUUCUCAGAAGUGACCCUAUCAAUAAAUCAGCCACACUAUUUAUUUGUCCCUACAAUUUUAAAUGUGUACCGCACACGCGUCUCCUGUCAUGCAACCAUGUUGUAGCAACGCUGAGUCUGAUUGGCAUAGGUCCUCAAGUCAAUUCAGCAUUUGGUUUAAGAGAAUUCAAUGUUGAAAAAUAUCAAGUCUUAGUCAGCAGGUUAAGCCCAAUAUUUUUGGAUUAUCAAUAACAAAAUCAUAUGUAUAUAUAAUGCACUUGAGGAAGGCUUUGUGUAUUUAACUCACUCACAACCAUUAAGUGUGCAGUCUGCAUGAAUAAGAAUGAAUAAGAACGUACAGCACAAGUCCAACCCUGAUUGAGGAGACUCGAACAAGAGAACACUAUCAAAUCAGGUCCAAAUUUGGAAGGAAUCAAAGCAUUAUGUGGCAAAUGUUAAAAAAAAAAAAGAAAAAAGAUGAAGACUAAAAGCUACUGCUGAGCAUCCCAAAUUGUUUUAAAACACUAUAAAUGAAUGAAGACUGACAUGCGUUUUGGCUCAUCUAAAAACCGUUGGUGAUAUGGAGUUAUGUAACGUAGUAUCUUAUCUCUAUCGGCAGCCUUUUUGGCAUUUGGCUAUGCACCCUGAAGCUAAAGUUGAGGAUUUGGAAUUCAUUUCUGUCAUGUGAGUACAGGUAUACACUGUAAGUUUGCAUAGACCCUUCAAAUCCAACCAUCACCGCCAUCAUCCACGAUGCUGCAAUAGCACUCAGAGCAGCACCAUACCCAACUUCACCCUUUCUACUGGCUGUCAAUGUGCUAAUGGCCUGGAAGUGAGGAUACAUUCACUCGGCUUGUUCAAAUCAACAGCCUUGUCUAAUAGCUUUUCUAAGUUGUUGUUUUUUUGUUUUUUUUUAAAGGAAUCUCUUGACUGUUUCAUGUGUACAAGAUGAGUCGCUUUUUAAGCAUCACAACUCAAA